AUGGCAGACAAUGUUCUAAAUUCUAGUGCAGAGGUCGCUGCUCAAGCUGUCAAUGUUCGCGCCGAUUUAAAAACAUGGGAGAAAGCCUUCGCGUCAGCAAAUGGGGGCAAGAAGGCCGGACGCGAUGAUAUCAAACAGAACCCGGAUAUCGCGGCGAAAUACAAGGAAUACAGUCGACUAAAGACCCUCGAGGCCUCCCUGACUCGACGCGAAAACCGCCGACAGGAAACAAUAGAAAGCCACUCUAAAAAGCGGAAAAAUGAAUCACCCACCGGUCAGGAUGGCGCAUAUUCUCAAACUACCCCGCGCAAGUCCUCUAAAGGCCUGUUUGCGACUCCGUCCAAUAACCGCACCUCCAAAAUACACCCUGCGCAACUCGAUCCGUACGAUUCACCAUCAACCCUUCGCAGACUCUUCAGUCCUAGCACACAUCAAACAGCACAGUCACCAUUGAAAGCUGCAAUCGGCCCAACUCCCCAGCGCGAUGGGAAAACACUGGGUCUUUUCGAUAUGCUAUCCGAGUCGGGAGGGAGUGGUGGAACGCCUUCCGUAAAGCGGCAGGCGAGUAACCUAGCUGCGGGAUUCAGAACACCAUCCAAACGAAGGCCGGUUGAGACGAUUCCAGAGGAUCCAGAGGAAGAGCCACAACAGGAAACACCAAGACUGGCGCGCACCCCGGCCUCUUCGACUAAGCAGUUCUAUCUUGCGAAUCUGUUUGCGACACCGACGACAAUGCGCUAUGCUGCUAUGGUGGAAGCGGAAGAUAAUGAAGAGGCACAGAACAACGAAGUCUCACACCCGACUGAUAUAUCACCACACGCUGCUCACUCUGGGACACCCACCUUUCUUCGUCGUUCGAAUUCCGGUCGGUAUCCGUUACCCAGCGCAAGCAAUGGUGGCCAGGGACUCAGUCCUAUUGUCUCGCGAAAGCCACAGCAAUUCGCCAGUAAAGGAUUGUCACAUUUGGUCCAGGGACUGCGGGACAUGGAAGAGGACCGCAUGGAGGACGAUUGGGAAGUGAUGCGUGAGAUGGAGGAAGAGGCACAAGCAGAAGAAGCGGCCAAGAACCAGGUUGAGGACAGUCAGAAUCCGGAUGUUAACCGGAAGUAUAAGAAGAAGGGCCAGAAGCGGACGACUCGGAGAGUAGUCAUGAGGCCGGUGGUCAACCAGCCUAAGCCUAAGCAGCAGCCCGCUCCUGCCGAGGAGGACUUUUUCUCGGGAAGUGACGAUGAGUUGGCAGCCAUUCCAGAGACGCAACAGGCGACUGGUACCGAUGAUGCCAAUGACGGCUGGGAUGAUGUCCCCAGUGAUAUUGAGCGUGCGGAAGAAGAUGCUGCAGCUCCAAACAUGUUAGAGCCUGAACUGGACACAGAAGCAGAGUUUGAUCCAGACUCGGAUGAUGACCCUGAAUUCGACGAGAGGCCUAAGCCUGUAUCUAGGACGAAGAGUUUCUCUGAGAGGAUCAAGGAGGCUGUAUCCUCUUCUGGGGCGAAACCGAAGGAGCAAGCGUGCCUGGGUUAA